AUGGGUCAAACGCACAGCGCUCCUCCGAACGAGGCCGUGCAGUUCCGUCAGAUGGUACUAGCAACGUAUCGUGGAGACGUCGAUAAACUUCGAUCCGUUUUCCAGUCUCACCUGCGCGGGUUUCAGAUUUCGCGUGCCACGUACUUGGAUAUCAUCAUGCAGGAACAGACACAUCUGGAGACGUUGACCGAUUCAUUAGAAAGAGAAGAAAAAUUAAAUGAGCUGCAGGACGAGAAGAUGGAGUUCUUCUCGGCAUUGGAGCAGGGCAGGUUGGCACUAGGAGAUACACUUCUGCAUAUUGCUGUAAGACUCGGGCAUACAGAUAUCCUCGACUUUAUACUGCUCAACGACUACCAUAAUUCAUUCAAGACAUUAGUCAGGCCCGAUACUGCAGCUAGCACACUGAGCAUUCUGGCUUCGGGCCACUAUACUGCUACAACUCAAGUUGCGGCUCCCCCGCUGCCAACAAACACUCCCAACUUGAAAGGUGAUCUCCCACGAGAUGUUACAGGAGACAAUUGCUCGCUGCAGCUGUUGCUUGCAAUAGUCGACGACGUCCACGAGGUGUUUGGGUCGACUUAUCGUGAAGAAGCGAAAGUUCACCGCUUAGUGCGAUCUCUGCGUCGAAUCUGGCCGUCGUGGAUGUUCGAAGGCCAGCAAGAAGUCGCUGCAUUAGUUCGAGUGUUGUACGAUGUGCGGACGUCCGAUCCAGCGUUUGGUGGCCUUGUACGCGUGGCGAUGGCCGUUGCAGAGCGCUUUCGAGUGGCUGUAUCACAGAGUGGAAUUCGACUAGCGCUAACUCUAUUAGCAGAAUGUGACGCUGAUCUUCAUCAAGCACGACAAAAGCUGGUGAAAGGAUGGAGCAUGGAGCGAAAGUCUGAGGACCUCACAGCUAUUUUCCAGCGGUGGUUUCCGCUAUACAAACCCAAUGGAAGACGAAAGGACGACGAAGAGGAAGAAGCGCGUGCUGUGUUCUUCGAUACUGCGAUGGCGACUUGGCUGCAGAUUGCACAAGACUUACGACUCUUUACUCUCAAGAGAUACGAUUCACAGAUAUGGCAGAGACGAGUUUGCCCCUCACCUGCGUCUAUAGGUGAAAUUUGUGUGCACAUUACGUCGCUCGAAGGAUAUCUACGACUACCACACCUCAGUGUGUAA